AUGCUACGCGUCGCAUAUCCAAGACUUGCUUCUCAUCUAACUACCCCCGGUCUAGUUCGGGGAUCUAACUUUGCUCUCAGGCGCACGAUAUUAACCACCCCUGCGAGGAAAAGCCCAGAAGUCACAAAGUAUGUCACUAAGGAUGGAGAUUCGGUAAGGGAUAGUAAAGGUUUGCCUACCGAGGGGGCAAAGGCUGCUCGCACUGAUUAUCACUCGGCGAAUCAAGUCACUCCAACUCCAACUGGAGAUUGGGUACUCUUCCAUCCUGUGUAUACUGAAGAAGAGUUGAAUUCGGUCUCGGUAUUCCAUCGACCCGCCGAGAACCUGGGUGAUAAGCUUGCCUUUGGUUUAGUCAAGAUAGCUCGGCGAUGCUUUGACAUCUUAUCGGGCUAUAAGCAUAAAACCAUUCCUGAGGGAUCCAAUAUGUCGAUUGCAGAGCUAAGAAAAGGUGGCUAUCUUAUGACAGAAGAAGGGUGGCUUAUGCGCAUUCUCUUCCUUGAAACAAUUGCUGGGGUUCCAGGAAUGGUUGCCGCAACUCUCCGUCACCUCCGAAGCUUGAGAUUAAUGGCAAGUAUAUACUUCUCAUUAACAUGUCACCGUUUUGUUGGGUUCCUAGAAGAAGAAGCAGUUCUGACCUACACCCGAUGUAUUGCCGAAAUUGAGGCAGGCCAUUUUCCUGAAUGGGCUAGCAAGCCAGCCCCAUCCAUCGCAAUCGACUACUGGCGUCUGGCACCAGACGCAACACUUCUUGACGUGGUAAAGGCCGUACGAGCUGACGAAUCGACCCACCGGUUCGUGAACCAUAGUUUAGCAAAUCUAGAAUACAAAGAAGAUCUAAACCCCUUUGCUAUUCGAGAGCCUGACAUGAAUAUCAAAGGGGCACGCCCCGGUUUCACACGUAAGGAGUCAGCUGCUUUUGUUGAGGAGUCAAGGCAAUUACUUGACCAGGCCAAGCAUUAA